GCCGGUGCCGGGGGCUCAGCUCUCUUCUUUAACUCGCUUACCGACAACACUUCGAGCAAGCUCGCGCGCGCACUCACUCUCAUUCACUGAGCCAUUACUCAGCUCACCUACUCCAGAUCUCAUGGUGCCCUCGCGCUGCAGCCGCCACCACCGCCUCCUCCCCACGACCAUGGCCGCAGCGUGCUUCCUCCUCCUCCUCGCGCUCUACGCCGCGCCGGCGCCGGCCCACGGCGCGCGCGCCCUGACGCGGGGCGGCGCGGGCGCGGUCACCAAGGCGGCGCAGCAGGGCGGGACCAGCAGCAACGCGACAGCAGCGGCGGCGGCGAACGAGUACCUGGCGCCGCACAACCAGGCGCGCGCGGCGGUGGGCGUGGCCCCGCUGCGGUGGAGCGGGGACCUGGCGUCGGCCGCGGCGGCGGUGGUGGUGCGGCAGCAGCGGCAGGGCGGGUGCGCGUUCGCGGACAUGGGCGGCAGCCCCUACGGCGCGAACCAGGGGUGGGCGAGCUACCGCGCGGCGCCCGGCGAGGUGGUGGCGUCGUGGGUGGCGACGGGCCAGUACUACACCCACGCGAACAACACGUGCGCGCCGGGGCGGCAGUGCGGCACCUACACGCAGGUGGUGUGGCGCCGCACCGCCGAGGUCGGCUGCGCGCAGGCCACCUGCGCCACCGGCGCCACGCUCACCGUCUGCCUCUACAACCCGCACGGCAACGUGCAGGGACAGAGCCCCUACUAGAUGUGCGAGCUCGGUGGGGGGCGACCGGCUGAUCGAUCGGGUUGGUGCUCCCUCCUGCUGAGCCGCCGACGCCGAUGCCGCCGGCGCUGGAGCGCGAUGCGGCAUGGUUAGAGUAAGAGACGCCUACUACGUAGCUCUAGUAUUUUCAGGUUCGGUCACGGUUUGCUUCGUGUUUGUGGUGUGUGAUCCGGUGGUGUUCUUGGUGUUAAGAACUGCUUUGGUGUGGCGUGUUAACUUGAGUUGCCGGGGAAACGCUUGUGAUGUGAUGCUUUCUUGUUCCUUGUGUCGAUCGGCGUUAGACUCGCUGUGCUGCGUAGAAAUGGCUGCACAAUCAGGCUCUGUUUGAUCACCCAUGGGCUGCAGAGUUGGAGCAGGGGAUUUCCAUAUGAAUCGGGGCUGGCAAUCAAACAGAUGUGCGGCAGAUCAAA